GGCGUCGCCGCACCAGUGCGUUGCUAGCCACCGACGAGGAAGCAUCGGGUGUUGUGGAACGCCUUCUUCCACAGCAUAUCGAGGGAGCGCGAGCGGAGACAGGCUACUGGAGUACCCCUGCGUGCUAGGCAGCUGGACGGACUGCGCACCUCACCUUCAGUCGCUUUGCGAUAGCGCAGCCUGCAGCUCGGCGGCGGUCAAGUUUCCAGUUUUCUCCACUGUUGGCGCUGCUGCGGCACUGGCGCCGCUUUGACAAAAGCCUUCAGUUGAGUCAGGGACGCGAGCGCGUGCGCAGCUGCUAGAAGGAGCUGGCGGAUCGUUUGCUUCUUCGACAUUAACCGAAAUCCGAAGUGACGACUGCUGUUGAGGAGCUCGCUGCCGGCAUGACGGACGCGAUCGAGACUAUGAUGCUACGUAGCUGUGCACAGCGGGAAGCCUGCUCUUGCUGAAGACGCGAUAUUUUAACCUCUUCGUACCUAUUUCAGCCAGACAGGAAGAUGGGAGAGAAACGAGGCAUGAAGGCGCUGGAGAUGUGGUGCAAGCGCGUGACGGCGGGCUACCCAGGCGUCAGAAUUGACAACAUGACCACGUCCUGGCGGGACGGGCUCGCCUUCUGCGCACUCAUACACCACUUCCGGCCGGACCUCAUUGAUUUUAACAGCCUCAAUAAAGAUGACAUAUACCAUAACAAUGAGCUGGCAUUCCGCACAGCUGAACUUCAUCUUGGUAUUCCAGCUCUACUUGAUGCUGAAGACAUGGUGGAAUAUGAAGUACCUGACAGAUUGUCAAUUUUGACUUAUUUGUCUCAGUUCUACCAGGCAUUCGCAGGGAGCCAGCAAAAUUCUCCUUUGGGGCGGUCUGUUAACAAAAGGCCAUUAAGUACACCAGAAAAAGUGGUGGUUGCUGAAAGUCCACCUUCAAAGGUUGCAGUAAGAGCAGCAUCAUGGCGAGGCCGUGAACCAUGUGUUGGCUGUGGUAUGCCUGUAUUCUUGGCAGAGCGACUCAUUGUGGACAAACGUCUGUUCCAUCGCUCCUGUUUUCGCUGUGCCCGCUGUCAUAACCAGAUGAGUGUUGCCAACUGCUAUGAAACGGAAGGUGGCAGCUACUGCUGUGAGACGUGCCCUGAUGAAGUGCUUGCUGUGGAUGGUGUUCGCGUUCCUGACACACCACCUACAGAGAGCAGUGAUGAAUCAGUAAUGGCAGAAGAGGAAGCAAAUGAUACUCCAUCCAAAUCUUCAGUACACCUUCCUCCAACACAUGUAAAGGACACCGGAGCAAGAGCCAAUUUCUUAAGUAGGCUUGUGGAUGCAGACGUAAGUUCAUCUGCAGAGAAAAACCAAGCAAGUAAUUCUUCUGUUUCUGAGUCAUCACUGAGUCCUGCAGUUGAUGAGUUACAAACUAGGACAUCUGAUACGAAAUCAGGAACUUCCGAUUUUACUGUGGACUCUGUAAGUAAAGUUGGUGAUAGUGGUGAAACUGAAACAAAAAUUACAGAAGGUUCAUCUGAAAGGACUGCUGGAUCAGAUCUGAAAUACAGUGAAAGUGGUAUCACUAAAAAUAAUAGUACUGUUAAAAGUGAAGUUAGCCAACCUCUUACUGCUGUUGAACUGCAUAAAGACUUGCCUCAGGAAAACAGAAAAGCAGAUUCAAAAAAUACCAAAGAAAGUGACAUCCUGUCACCUAGUUCAUUAGUGAAAAUGCGUCUUAAAAUGUUUGAAAAUGGUGAGUCUUCAAAAGCAUCAAAAACAGAUGUAAAUAAAAAGUAUGCUAAUUACCGAAAAAAUUCUGAGGAAGAAAAGGAAAGUAAAACCGAGGAAAAUUUAAGGACAUUGAAUUGUGAAGUUUCUCCUGCACUGUCUAGUAAUAAUUUGCCCUUAAAUGAUGAUAGUGUAGAUAAAAAACUUGAUAAACUUAAAACUAUUGAGUGUGAAAAUAACUCCAAACAGGUACCUGUUCAUACCUCAGUGAAACCCACACUGCCAGUAGAAGGAAAAAGUGAACAUUCUGAAGUGCCUUUAGAAAUGUAUUCACCUCUCUCCAAUCUGAAGGACACUAGUGACACCUCGGAUAUAAGUGUUUUGAGUACUCAGCCAGAGGAUAGUAGUCUUGACAAUAAACCAUCCUCCAUAAGUGACAGCAGAAAUAUUGUAACUAGUCCAGAAACUGCUGUCACUGUAGCAGACCUCCCAGCACAGACUGAAAUAAGUAACUUAUCAGAUUAUCCUGAAGAACUAAAUCCUUUUGGAGACAGUGAUGAUGACAGUGAAAGUAAAUCUCAGAUAAAAACAUCCACCCCAGUUAAUAAACAAAAAUAUAUAAAUCCUUUUGAAUCCAGUGACGAUGACAAUGAGCUCAAACACAGUGAAAAUAUUGUAGGGGGAAAUAAAAAGAACCCUCCCAGGGUAGAUACAAAGCUGGAUUCACCUAAGGACAAAAGGAGAUUAAUAAAAGCCCCAGAUUUUAGUCUCAAUCCUUUCUCAGAUGAUGAUGAUGAAGUAACCAGUGAAGAAGAAAUUCCACCCUCUGUACGGGAACAGGCUGCAAAAACCCCCGUGCCACUGCCUAGGAAUCUGAAGACGCUAUCUACACCUGAACCACUGCCACGCAAAACCGCAGGGCGGAAGGAUACUAUAAGUGGCAACAGUGAUCGGUAUGAUUCGAACACUUCACUGUCCAGUGUGGGGGGUUCAGGUACACCAGUGGGUAGUGUUCCACGAAGAAAGAAGAAACCUGCCCCACAACCACCUUCUGCCCAAGAGCUGUUCCCUCCAGUUUCAGCUGGCUCAUCUCGUGCAUCUUCACCAACACUCAGUGUGACACUCUCACCACGAAGUGCACGUAAGCAACGUAAGUCGAGACCAGCUCCUCCGCCACCACUGCCAUCAUCAUUGCCACCAAAUGCGACACCAGGUGCUGAAUGGGAAAAGACUGAGAAAGAAGCAGCUAAUCGAAACCGGCAGAGUCAAACCAGUAUAACACUAGAUUCAACAUCUCUUACUGACCAGUCACCAUCAGCACCAAACAAAAGUACUUUUGGGCAGUGGAAGAGAAAGAAAGGUCCUGCACCUCCAAGACCAGUGCCACAGAGGAGACAGAUAAAAUCCAUGCCUAUGCUGGAAGUCAAGCGUGAACUGGAGGACAUUGAAGUGAAACAACAAGAGCUUGAAAGACAAGGAGUAAAACUGGAAAAAACCAUCAGAGACAAGUUUGAAAUGACAGCAACUGAAGAAGAGGCCAGCAUGACACCUGAUGUUGAAGACUUAGUUCUGCAGUUAUUUGAGUUAGUAAAUGAGAAAAAUGAACUGUUCAGAAGGCAGGCAGAAUUGAUGUACCUACGCAGACAACAACGUUUGGAAGAGGAACAUGCAGAUCUGGAAUAUCAGAUACGCUGCUUGUUAGAGAGGCCAGAACAUACAAAGACAGACUCAGACAAAGCACGUGAGGAAGAGCUGAUUCAACGCCUUGUGGAAGUAGUAGAAAGACGAAAUGAAAUUGUUGAAUGUCUUGAAAUGGAUCGUAUACGUGAAGCAGAAGAGGACCAGAGUAUUCACACACAGCUCGGCAUCUUUGCAGCCAAGAACAAGGCUGCAAAUGAGAAAAAAGUCAUCAGUAAUGUAAAGGCAGAAACAAAAGUAAUAAAAAAGGACAAGAAACUUAAAAAACUUAAAGAAAAGGCUCUUCAUAAGAAAGCCACAAAAGCUCCUAUUGAUGCUGAUAAGGAUAUUGAUGAGGCAGAAGUGCUGGCUGAAAACACUAAGGAGAAAAAGACAAAGAAGAAAUGGUUUAUUUAAUAAAUUACUAUGUUUAAAAAGAAAGAUUCCAAUUUUUUCUUCAGUUUGGUGCUUUUACUGGAGAGGUGUAUAUUUAUUUUUCAGGUGUCACAUUAGAUUAUAUAAUUACAUUAUUUUCAAUAAAAGUGUACUAUAUUAUUAUUAUUUUUUUGUACUGAAUUUUCAGAUGAUUGUACAUAGAAAUACUGCUGAUUACUGUGAUAUUGAAUGGUAGAAACAAGCUGAAAUUAUGAGAAAUAAUUGUUGUAUAAUAUUUUUGCAUUUAGAUGUUGUGCACUGUUUAUAGAUUAUUUAAAGCUGCAUUCAGAUUUCUUUGAGAAAUGCACAUUUACCAAACAUGUACUUAUUAAGCUCUGCUUUGCUCAGCAGGAAAAGAAAUAAUUCUUCACAUUUCUCAUUUUUAUUUGAAAUUCAUUUACUGUGUCAUGUGUGACAAUAUUGUCGCCAAAACUAUCUGUUGGUGCCAAAUCUUUUUAUUGACUGUAAAACUACAAAAAUAGCUGCAUUUUGAAUUAUGGUUUUCCCCAGUCCCCUUUUCCAUGUUACACCACUAGUGCCUUGAUGUGAAAGCAGUUCCUUUUGCUAAUUACAGUACCAAUAUGUUUCUGGAUGGUGCCUUGUUAAUGACAUGAUGAUAAAUUUGUCUUAAGAGGAAAAACAUUACAUUCUGUUUCCAUAUAGCAAAAAUGUAAUGGGUCACUGUUGCUUUUCACCUGAUUGCUGCACAAAUAAGGUUUGCCUAAAAAUUGUUGACACAAGUUAUCCUCAGAACACACAGUGAAUUUAUGGUAGCAGAGUGCAGUUUUACAAUAUUCUUUGCUCAGUAACUGUUGGAAAUUGACAUUUGCUGCAUUCAAGCUUAUUAUUAUUAUUAUUAUUAUUAUUAUUAAUUUAAAAAAGUUAUUUGACCAAAAAUUGUGAUUUAUGACCAGACUCUCCUUUUAGAAAUGAAGGACCUGUGUGUUGUGAAGUAAUUGAGAGUAACAUUUUGUUCUUAUAAUACUAACCAUCAGCAAAAAUUCAAGCUAUAUAAAUGAAGAGUGUUUACUGUAGAUAUUAAAAUUACAUUUACGUUUGGUACUUGUUCUACUAAAACUAUUCUUGGACUUCCUGUUUUAUUGUGCAGAUGGAGAAAACCAGUAUCUGUUGCACAUUGGUUGCUUAAGAGCUAUCUGUAAUAUGAUAUGGAGUACAAACUUUUGCACAGUCUUC